AUGUUGAGCGUACAAUGAAGCUUAAGAUUAGUCGUGCUCCGCCCGCGAAACGUUCAAAACACUUGUUACAAUUGAUAUGCGUACGAUUAUCUAUUUAAAGUAAAAUAUACUAAAUACGUAUAGUAAUAAGGUCCAAAUUCUUGCCGACACGAAGAUAAUUUAUCCUCGUAGAUGUAGCUGACAUCUAUACAUUAAAUAUAUAAUUAUUCUAUUGUUUCUGCUGAGAUUCGAACUUAGAUAAUGGCGCAAUCGUACAGAGUGGCGCCGGUAUGCGCAGAGGACGUCCCAGAUGUUAUGAAACUACUUAAAAAAACAUUCUAUAUAGACGAACCACUAAACGAAGCGGUCGAAUUAUGCGACGAGAAUGGCAUAUGUCCCGAGUUAGACGAAUACUGUACACACUCACUGCUGGAAGGACUGUCCUUUAAGGCUAUAGACCAAGAUGACAAUAUAGUGGGAGUGAUAAUAAACGGUGUUAGUCCAUUGAAAGAGGAGGACAACGGCAAUGACCUCCUAAGCCAAGCUCGAAGGUGUCAGAAUCCAAAAUUCCAGAAAAUAUUAUACAUACUCGCACGCCGAGAGGAGGUAUCGAGACUCUGGGAAAAAUUUCCACAGGAACAGAGGCUGGUGGAAGUUAAGGUGGCAGCCACAGACCAGAAUUGGAGGAAACGGGGCAUAAUGAACGCUCUAGUCAAGGAAACUGAAAAGAUUACCGAGCAGAAAGGCAUCAGACUACUACGGAUGGACACAUCGAGUGCCUACUCAGCGAUGUCCGCAGAGAGGCUGGGUUUCAUGUGUGUUUAUCAAGCGCUCUAUUCUGAAAUAAAAAGGGACGACCAGCCACUCAUAGUACCUAAAUCACCACAUUUGUACGAUAAGGUUUUUAUCAAGAAGUUGUUUUGAUUGAUUAAUCAUUGUCAUAGAUAACAAAACUGUUCUGAAUCUAUAUUGUUUUCUUUACAAUCCAGCCACCUAUUUAUUAUAAUCGUAAAAUAAAUCACAUCCUAUGAGUUA